AUGCAGAACGGACGUCUUGUUGUACUUCUGGCAACUAUACUUGUGCUCUUGGACGUUGUUGGAGCCAGUCGACCCUUCAUGAAUACCAUCUGGAAGUCAUGGAAGCUGGUAAACGGCAAGAGCUACAAGACACAAAGAGAGGAACGUCUUCGGUUGAGAAUCUUCGUCAACAACUACAUGUUUACAAGGUGGCACAACGAGCGUUACUACUUGGGCCUAGAGACCUACGCCACAGCACUGAACCAGUUCGCUGAUUUGACGCUCAAAGAGUUUGCUGAGAAGUACCUCACAUUAGUGAACCCACCGACUCGCGUCACACAAAUGGAAAGGGAUGUCGAAUUCGCAAGUCUUCACCAUCAAGUCGACGUGCCUGAUUCUGUUGACUGGAGAAAACUAGGUUACGUGACACCAGUCAAAGAUCAGGGGGCCUGUGGAUCGUGCUGGGCGUUCUCCUCCACUGGAUCUCUGGAAGGUCAAUUGAAAAAAGCCACUGGGAACCUGACGAGUCUGUCGGAACAGCAGCUCGUGGACUGCAGCACCGCAGAAGGCAAUGACGGCUGCGGCGGCGGUUUAAUGGAUGGAGCUUUCAAGUAUUGGAUGAAAUUUGGUUCUGAGUCGGAAAAGGACUACCCCUACACGGCACGGGACGGGCGCUGUCGUUUCAAUCGCUCGAAGGUGGUCACAAAAGUGAAAAGAUUCGUGGAUUUGCCAACGCAAGAUGAGAAAUAUCUCAAGAUCAGUGUAGCCAAGGUCGGUCCGAUUUCUGUCGCAAUCGAUGCCGCCAGCAGCGGCUUUCAAUUCUACAGCCACGGCAUUUACGAGGACAAGAUUUGCUCAAACACCUACCUGGAUCAUGGCGUGCUCGUGGUCGGCUAUGGCGCAGACGUCUCCAGGAACAAGUAUUGGAUUGUGAAGAACAGUUGGGGCACCUCGUGGGGUCAGAAGGGGUACAUUUGGAUGGCUCGCAACAAAGGCAACAUGUGUGGGAUUGCCACAAUGGCAAGCUACCCAAUUGUCUCCCUCUGA